CUCACCGCAGCUUUCUCCUCAGCCCAGUAUCUCGGCUCAUUCUACAUCUCGAACAACUGCCCCGAAACCGUCUAUGUUUGGUCCACAGCUGACACCAUUGGGCCCAUGCAAACACUCAAAACGGGCCAACAUUUCAUCGAGUACGCCCACCGCAACCCGCAAACAGGUACCGGCAUCACUGUCUUCAUCUCAAAGGACCCAGAUGGUUUGACCAAUGGUUCACCCCUGCUGCUUCUGGCGUAUUCGGUCGAUCCGACUGAACAAGACAACGCCCGUAUUUGGUAUGAGUUGGAUACGUUGCGUGGGAGUCCGUUUGAGGGGCAGAAGGUUUGGUUGGGAGGGGAUGCUUGUCCUGAAAUCAGGUGGGAGGAUGGGAGGGAGCCGGGAGAGCAGGUGGUUAAGAAC